AUGGAGUUAGCACACAGUUUGCUGCUGAAUGAAGACGCUUUGGCUCAAAUCACAGAAGCAAAGAGACCAGUUUUUAUCUUUGAAUGGCUACGAUUUCUUGAUAAAGUCUUGGUUGCUGCCAACAAGACUGAUGUAAAGGAAAAACAGAAGAAACUUGUUGAACAACUAACUGGAUUAAUAAGCAGUUCACCUGGACCACCUACACGGAAAUUGCUGGCUAAAAAUCUCGCAGCUCUUUAUAGCAUUGGUGAUACUUUUACUGUUUUUCAAACACUUGAUAAAUGUAAUGACAUUAUCAAAAGUAAAGAUGACACUGCAGCCUACUUACCAACAAAAUUGGCUGCAGUGGCUUGUGUUGGAGCAUUUUACGAAAAAAUGGGGAGAAUGUUAGGCAGUGCAUUUCCAGAAACAGUAAAUAAUCUUUUGAAAUCUCUGAAAAGUGCAGAGUCUCAAGGGCGAAGUGAAAUCUUAAUGAGUUUACAGAAAGUUCUAAAUGGACUGGGUGGUGCAGCAGCUUCAUGUCAUCGUGAUAUUUACAAAAACGCCAGGUCCCUCUUGACUGACAGGUCAAUGGCUGUUAGAUGUGCAGUUGCUAAGUGUUUACUAGAAUUACAGAAUGAAGCUGUAUUCAUGUGGACUGCAGAACUGGAAAAUGUUGCUACUCUCUGCUUUAAGGCUUUAGAAAACUCAAAUUAUGGAGGACGAGUGGCAGUGUCGAAGCUCUUAGGGACAGUCAUGGCAACAGCAUUGAUGCCAAAACAGGCAACAGUAAUGCGCCAGAAUGUGAAACGUGCGACACUAGAUGAGGUCUUAGAGCUCAUGGCCACUGGGUUUCUACGUGGAGGGUCUGGCUUCUUAAAGAGUGGUGGAGAAAUGUUAAAAGUUGGAGGGUCAGUUAAUCGUGAAGUGAGAGUUGGAGUUACACAGGCAUAUGUUGUCUUUGUAACAACAUUGGGUGGCCAGUGGUUGGAGCGUAGCUUUGCUACAUUCUUGUCCCAUGUACUUGAUCUGGUUUCUCAUCCUCGGGCAACACAAACACAUGUAGAGGCUGUAUACUCCAGACGAUGUGUCUCCUUUAUCCUAAGAGCUACUGUUGGCAGUCUGCUAGGUGAAAAAGCCCAGAUUGCAGCUGCCAAAGAAAUAUGCCAAGCUAUUGGAAAACAAAUGAAAGCAGUAGAAGCAGUAGUGAAUGAUACGAGUAAUGAAAACAAAUCUGGGGCAGCAGACAUUGCAGCAAGCCAGCAUGUGAUGGUCUGUGCCCUCCAAGAGCUUGGGAGCCUGGUCCAGAGCUUAAAUGCCACUGCGUCCCCUCUUAUUCAGGAAACAUCUAUAGGACUUUUGGAGACCGUGACUUCAGUACUUCUUCAUCCAAGUAUGGCUGCUCGUCUUGCUGCUGCCUGGUGUUUGCGCUGUGUGGCUGUGGCAUUACCUUUCCAGUUGACACCUUUUCUAGACAGGUGUGCAGAACGCCUCAACAACUUGAAGACUUCACCAGAAGCCGUUAGUGGAUACAGUUUUGCAAUGGCUGCCUUGUUAGGUGGAGUUCAUCAGUGUCCUCUGGGCAUUCCUCAUGCCAAGGGAAAGAUGGUAGUGAGUAUUGCUGAAGAUCUCUUACGAACCGCUGCACAAAAUAGUAGGUUGUCUUUACAGCGCACCCAGGCUGGAUGGCUUUUACUUGGAGCACUUAUGACUUUAGGACCAUCUGUUGUUCGAUACCAUCUGCCCAAGAUGUUGUUAUUGUGGCGAAAUGUUUUCCCGCGUUCUUUAAAGGAACUGGAGGCUGAGAAGGCCAGAGGAGAUUCUUUUACCUGGCAAGUAACAUUGGAAGGUCGUGCUGGAGCUUUAUGUGCAAUGAGGAGUUUUGUUGCACAUUGUCCUGAGCUCCUAACUGAAGAUGUGAUUAGAAAGUUGAUGACUCCUAUUGAAUGUGCUAUGACUAUGAUGUCACACAUUCCAUCUGUGAUUAAAGCCCAUGGAGCUCACCUGAAAGCCAGUGCUGCAAUGGUUCGUUUAAGACUUUACGAUAUCUUGGCUUUGUUACCUCCAAAAACUUACGAAGGCUCUUUCAAUGCACUUCUUAGAGAAUUAGUAGCAGAAUUCACGUUGACUGACAACUCUGCCAACACAACUACAUCUCUCCUCCGAUCCCUGUGCCAUUAUGAUGAUAGUGUUCUUCUUGGCUCCUGGCUUCAAGAAACUGAUCACAAAUCAAUUGAAGACCAGCUUCAGCCAAAUAGUGCUUCUGGAAGUGGCGCUCUAGAACAUGAUCCGUCCUCCAUUUAUUUACGAAUACCUGCUGGGGAAGCUGUGCCUGGUCCUCUUCCUCUUGGAGUGUCAGUCAUUGAUGCCUCUGUGGCUCUUUUUGGUGUAGUGUUUCCUCAUGUUUCUUAUAAACAUCGAGUUUAUGCACUGUGUGAUGUAGCUUCUCAUGAUGUAUUUGAAAACUUUUAUUCUUUAGCACUAGGUUAUUUUAAGGGCUUAGCUGAAAACAAAAGUACUUUAGGACCUGAGGAGGUUCGUAAAUCUGCUCUGACAUUGGUGAUGGGUGCUCUUGACAACCCAAACCCCAUCUUAAGAUGUGCGGCAGGAGAAGCUCUUGGAAGGAUGGCUCAAGUAGUUGGAGAAGCAACUUUUAUUGCUAGAAUGGCGCAAUAUAGCUUUGACAAGUUGAAAUCAGCUCGAGAUGUUGUUUCUAGAACUGGUCAUUCAUUGGCUCUUGGUUGUUUGCAUCGUUAUGUUGGUGGUAUAGGCUCAGGACAACACCUGAAGACUAGUGUCAGCAUUUUACUGGCUCUCGCACAAGAUGGGACGUCCCCUGAAGUCCAGACUUGGUCUCUUCAUUCACUUGCUUUGAUAGUGGAUUCUAGUGGCCCAAUGUAUCGUGGGUAUGUGGAACCAACAUUAUCUCUAGUUCUUACCUUGUUGUUGACAGUUCCACCUUCACAUACAGAAGUUCAUCAGUGUUUGGGUAGAUGCUUGGGUGCUAUAAUCACAACUGUUGGCCCUGAGCUACAAGGGAAUGGAGCAAUCAUUUCUACUAUCCGUUCUUCUUGUUUGGUGGGUUGUGCAAUAACCCAGGACCAUUCCGAUUCUCUUGUUCAAGCAGCUGCCAUAUCAUGCCUCCAACAGCUUCAUAUGUUUGCACCACGGCAUGUCAAUUUAUCUAGUCUUGUUCCUAGCCUUUGUGUUCACUUAUGUAGUUCUCACUUGCUACUUCGACGGGCAGCUGUAGCAUGUCUCCGGCAACUUGCACAAAGAGAAGCAGCUGAAGUUUGUGAAUAUGCCAUGAGCCUAGCAAAAAAUGCAGGGGACAAAGAGAGCAGCGGUUCUAAUGUCAGUCCUUUUGCACCUGGGGUUAGUUCUCGAAGUGACAUCCACUGCCGACACCAAGGUGUUAAUAUAACAGAAACUGGUCUUGAAGGACUUCUGUUUGGAAUGCUGGACCGGGAGACAGACAGAAAAUUAUGUUCUGAUAUUCAUGACACUUUGGGGCAUAUGCUUUCUUCACUGGCAAUAGAAAAACUGUCCCAUUGGCUAAUGCUUUGUAAAGAUGUUCUGGCAGCUUCUAGUGAUAUGAGUACUGCAACUCUCUUAAGUAGUGGAAAAGAUGAGGAAUCAGAAAAGAAAGAUGAGAUGGAUGAUGAUACCAUGUUUACCACACUAGGGGAAGAAGAUAAAUCCAAGCCCUUUGUGGCACCUCGCUGGGCCACUCGGGUCUUUGCUGCUGACUGCCUGUGUCGAAUCACCAAUUUGUGUGAGAACGCAGACCCGGCUCACUUUGAUCUUGCCAUGGCACGUUCUGCAAAGCUACAAAACCCAACAAAUGACCUGUUAGUACUUCAUCUCUCUGACCUGAUUCGCAUGGCAUUCAUGGCCGCAACUGAUCAUAGCAACCAGCUGCGGAUGGCUGGUCUCCAAGCUCUUGAAGACAUUAUCAAGAAGUUUGCCUCUGUGCCUGAGCCUGAAUUUCCAGGUCAUGUGAUUCUGGAGCAGUAUCAAGCUAAUGUGGGAGCUGCACUGAGACCAGCUUUUUCACAAGAUACUCCAUCAGACAUAAUAGCAAAAGCUUGCCAGGUAUGUAGUACCUGGAUUGGAAGUGGAGUUGUCAGCGAUCUCAAUGACCUCCGUCGAGUACACAAUCUGCUGGUGUCUUCUUUGGAUAAAGCUCAGGCCGGAAAAGGAUCUUCCAGCCAACUGUAUCGAGAGAGCGCUACCACCAUGGAAAAGUUAGCUGUUCUCAAAGCAUGGGCAGAGGUAUAUGUGGUUGCUAUGAAUAUUAAAAAAGAGGCUGAGUCAAAACCAAAAAGAACUACUAAAAAUACUGAUGAUGAUGAUGAUGACUAUGGUACCAUAGAUGAACUACCACCAGACAGCUUAAUAACACUUGUACAACCUGAACUGCCAACACUCAGCCGCCUAUGGUUGGCAGCAUUAAAAGACUAUGCGCUUUUGACUUUACCAGCUGAAUUUGCUAGUCAGCUCCCCCCAGAUGGUGGAGCAUUUUAUACUCCUGAGACUAUUGAUACAGCAAGACUUCACUAUCGGAAUUCCUGGGCCCCAAUCCUCCAUGCAGUGGCACUUUGGUUAAAUAGCACAGGAUUUACAUGCUCAGAAACAACAGAAGCAACAGCCAUAUCUGGUUCACAAAAACGUUCUACAUCAGUUAUUUUAAACCAGGCAGCAGUAGCAACCUCUAGUGCUAAGUCUUUGCCAGAAAUUAACAAAGACAGAAUGCAUCUGAUUUUAGGUGUGAGUAUUCAGUUUCUCUGUUCCCCAAGACCUGAGGAGCCCAUUGAACAUGUUACAGCUUGUUUACAGGCCUUACACACCUUGCUAGAUUCUCCUUAUGCCCGAAUCCAUAUUGCAGAAGAUCAGCUGAUCGGUGUAGAGUUGCUCAGUGUUUUGCACCGCCUCCUGUUGACCUGCAAUCCACCAUCCGUCCAGCUGCUGGUUGCUGGUGUUGUACAACAGAUAGUAAGAGCUGCGCAGGAUUAUUUGCAAGAAAAAAGAAACACUCUAAAUGAAGAUGAUAUGGAAAAAGAAGCCUGUCCUGUAUUAGGAGAAGGCGGUGACAGCGGUGGUCUUACUCCUGGAAAAUCUCUCGUCUUUGCAACCAUGGAGCUAUUGAUGUUUAUUUUAGUACGGCAUAUGCCACAUCUCAGUACUAAGAUGUCAGACUCUCCAAGUCACAUAGCUACUAAAACUCGACUCUCAGAAGAAAGUGCCCGUUUGGUGGCAGCCACAGUUACCAUACUCUCUGACUUACCAACCCUGUGUUCACCUGCUGGAUGUAUGACAAUCCUGCCCACGAUUCUAUUUUUAAUUGCAAGAAUACUGAAAGACACAGCGAUAAAAUCUGCAGAUAAUCAGGUUCCUCCACCAGUCAGUGCAGCUCUUCAAGGAAUUAAAAGUAUUGUCACACUUUCAAUGGCCAAAACCGAGGACACUCAAAACCAGUGGACAGCUCUGAUUCGUAGCACUCUAGCAUGCAUCCUGGAAUAUUCUCAACCAGAAGAUUCUGUGCCUAUGCCUGAUGAAGUAAGCAUGCUAACAGCAAUUGCACUCUUCCUGUGGUCUGCUAGUAGUGAAAUAAUUGGAGUGCAGUCAUUACAGAGUGGCUGCAUGAACAGAUUUAAAAAUGCAUUGAAUUCAUGUGACCCCUGGGUUCAAGCCAAAUGUUACCAGCUUCUCCUCUCAGUCUUCCAGCAUUCCAAUCGUGCCCUCUCAACUCCCUAUAUUCAUUCAUUAGCUCCAAUAGUGGUUGAAAAGCUAAAGGCGGUUGAACGAAACAGACCUACCUGCAACACUGAACUGUUAGCUGUUCAGGAAGGAAUCAAAGUGCUUGAAACAUUGGUUGCUCUUGGUGAAGAACAGAACAGAGUCCAGUUACUUGCUCUUUUAGUUCCAAUGUUGAUCUCAUACCUGCUGGAUGAAAAUUCUUUUACCUCAGCAAGCACAGCUUCUAAAGAUCUUCAUGAGUUUGCACUCCAGAAUUUAAUGCAUAUUGGACCUCUGUAUCCACAUGCUUUCAAGACAGUAAUGGGAGCUGCUCCUGAGUUGAAAGUACGCCUGGAAACUGCUGUUCGAGCAAGCCAGGCUAGCAAGGCUAAAGCAGCUGCCCGACAACCAGCCCCUGCCGCACACUCUGCUCCAACAAUUAAACUAAAAACAAGUUUUUUUUAA